AUGACUGCAGAAAUACUUUCCACUUUAGCUAGUUUUCGAGAUGAAAUCGGCGAAUGUUCUGAUGGAAAAAUUCAUUCAGAUAUUACUACUGCUACUACUACUACUACCACUACCACUGUUACUGUUGGUUCUGGUCUUGGUUCUCAUUGUGCAAAUAUAUCAAAUCGUCCCGGUGUAUAUACUACUCAUCUACUUAAGGAUGAUACCAGUGCUCAUAAAAAUAUUAUCAAACAGAAAACUACUCAUAUACACAAUAGUAUGCUAUCUCCUGAUUCGUCAAUGCCUUGUACUAAUACUACUUCUACUAGUACUUUUGCUAGUAGUAGUAAUAGCAGUACUACUACUAAUACUACUACUACCAUUGAUCAAUGUCGACUUCAAAUUACACCUUUCGUUCAAACUCAUCACCAUCAUCAUCAUCAUCAUCCUCAUCAUCAUCAUCUUGGGGCUGGCAAUAGUGGAUUAUGCACAAAUUCUUCGGUACCAACUGUUUAUUCAUCGUGUUUACAUCAUGUCGGUGAUAAAAUUGGCAUAUCUAUGUCUCCGAAUGAUUAUCGUCUGUUAACAGAUCCUAGAUUGAUCAAUUAUGUCACUGAUAAAGAGACGGAAGCCAAGCUUAUCAAUCAAUAGUUAUCACACACACACACACACAGUCAGUAUUAAGCAGUCGUAGUCUCAUUCUUGACAUCUAUUGGUAUUGCAUUAGCCCGGUGUAAGAAUGUGUGUGUGUGUGUGUGGUUGAUUCUGCCCAAUGUGUGUGUGUGGUGUGUGUGUGCGUGUGCAUGUGCAAAAAUCGACAAUAACAACACACCAACCACAGUAACAACAAAUCAUCGUUUUUUAUUUUUUUUUUGCCAUGACCAACUUGCGUCAAGAUGAAUUUAGCCUUCAUAUCAUGCAUAUAUAUAAUUGUUGACAAGAAAAAAAAAUAAACCAGAAAACAAAAAUAACCUACCCUAUAGCAUCAAUUCCCAGUUGUUUUUUUUGUCUUGUUCCUACUUGUUUUAAGCAUACAUACAUAAAUAGAAGAUGUUAUUAAUUAUUUACUUACUUACUUACAUUAGUACUGAUCAUUUUUUGUGAU